AGGAACUGAGCAAAGGUUGGGAAACUUGGGCACAGUCUUGUGAUUCCUGCAGCUCUGCUGGAUGCAGUGAAGGACCUCUCUCUUGUGAAAAAUUAUGGAAGCCCUGUGGAAUUGGCUGAAGAGCUGGGUUACAGUAGAUGAAAAUAACGGUGAGCGUCAAUCUGCAUGAGAUGGGAUAUGGGGUAUCGCAAUGGGAUGAGAAGCUGUUCCUUCUCAUUUGGCCUUUUUUUUCCCUCUCAUUUCCAGGGCAGCAAUCUGGAAGACAAGAGGAAUCAGCUCCAAAGCAGGUGAAAAAAGAUGCAAAGCCUGGUGAGUAUCUUGCAGCACAGCAAAGCACUUUGGGGUCUGGCCAUGGGCUGAGAAGCUCUCCCCCCUCACCAAGUCUUGCUUUUUUAUUUGGAUUCAUUGAUGUAUUUUUUCCAGCUGAGCAAGCUGCAGUGCUGGCAUGGAGAAGUUUUCUGAUGUCUCAUAAUAGAGUGAAAGUGACCCUGGAUCCACACAUGGCUCAUCCCCUGCUUUUCCUGGCAGAGGACCAGAGGAAUGUGAGUUGGGAAAGUAAAUGGCAGAGGUUUCCCUCCACUGAGGAGAGAUUUGACAUUUGGUGCUGCGUGCUGGGCCGUGAGGAGUUCAGAGAGGGGAGGCACUGCUGGAGGGUGGUGAGGGGGGAGAAGAGGGGAAGGUAUUGUUCGUGGGCUGUGGGGGUGGCCAGAGCAUCUCUGAAGAGGAAAGGGGAGAUCACAAUGAGCCCUGAAGAAGGGAUCUGGGCUGUGCAAUACUGUGAGGGGCACCUCAUGUCUCUCACAUUGCCUCGCACCCGCUUGCGCCUGUCCCCUGUCCCCACGAAGGUCUGGGUCUGUCUGGACUGCACCCAGCAGCAGGUGUCUUUUAUCAAUGCUAACAAUGGCGUCGAGAUCUUCACUUUCACAGCAGCCUCCUUCAAUGGCGAGAGCAUCCGCCCCUGGUUCUGGCUGGGGAUGAACGCCCAGCUGUUUCUCAUGGACAACAUUGUCUAGACCCUGUCCCCAGCCCUGGGGGGCUCCUGCCCAUUUCCAGUCAGUCCUGGAUAACCUCUCCUUGAUCCUGCAGGAGCAGUGCAGAAAUGAGGGCCACUGGGGCCAGGGGCUGCCCCAGGUUCCUCCCUGCAUGCUGAGACCUGAAGCAGCUGACGUGCGGCAGUCAGACUUCAGGCACCUGUAUGCUUCA